CAGCACAAGACAGCACAGCACAUUUUGUGUAUAACGGUUCGACGAAAAAGAACUAAUUCCCUUAGUGAAAAUGUACAUAAACUGCGUCUGCCGCGUUAUAGCGCUUUUAAUCGCCUACCAAACAGGCCUUUCACAAGCCAUCGGCUUUAUCGAUGGAGUAAAAACAACAAUUGAGGAGCAUCCAUAUGUGGUUUCACUGCAAUUUGUCAACGGUACACAUAUUUGCGGAGGCGCUCUAAUCGAUGCUAAAGAGAAUAUUGUCGUCACAGCUGCACAAUGCUUAAUUUUUCACGAUCCCACACAGAUCUACUUACGUCUUGGCACGGACAAAUAUAGCGGUGCAGGUGAACUGAUACCCAUUGAGUCCAUUAUAAUCCAUGAGAAAUUCGAUUUCACCACCAUGGAUAGUGAUGUGGCAGUAGUGAAGUUUCGAAAAAAUCUAAGGAAAUUGUCUGUAAAGAGUGACAUAAAAUUGGCUGGCGAGAAACCGAAGACAGGCAAAACUGCUGUGGUCACCGGUUGGAGUCAACAACGGCAAUUGGUCGAUGUGAAAGUGCGCAUAAUUAAGGCAAAGAAAUGCAGAUCUGGUGAAUAUGUUUACACUGAAGAUGACAUAACGGAUACGAUGUUUUGCGCUAAGCCGUAUAAUAAGUAUGUGUGCGACGCCGAACCCGGCAGUCCUUUGGUGUUUAGGAAGAAACUGGUCGGAUUGGUGUCCUGGGGUUAUGGUUGUGGCAAUUUAGGCAAUCCAGCCGUAUACACUAAUGUCAAUAAGCUAAGGAAAUGGAUUAAAAAGGCCAUAAAGAAACUGUAGGUUGGGGCUGUAAACACAUAAUGUAAUGUUUUUUAAACUCUUAAAUAGAUUUAACUUUUCCAUAGUUUUCUAUUAUGGAAAUAAGAGAGACUACGAGUAUAUUGUUUGAAUUAUAUAUACUAUUAAAAAUGUAUUGCGUUUAUAUUUAUUUACAA